CAUUUACGGGUAUUAGUGCAACCAAAUAUGGCCUUCACCUGUUUUAUAGGAAAAAGUUACGAUAAGAAAAUGGAAACUGAAAAGGACACAACCGAAAAACAAGUACUUCUUUUGACCCAACUGCCAGAAGAAAUUGUAGAGAAGAUUUUGUCACUUUUAACUUACAACGAAUUGGCGGAAAUACGCGGUGCUUGUCAGAUUUUCAACAAACUCUGUGAACAACUUUUAAACAGUGGAUUUUCAAAGGUGGACAAACUUCAUUCUCAAAUACAGAAGAGAGUCAAAAGUCAGCUUCCGAGACGUGAAUCCGAGAGGCGUAAUCAUCCUCUGGCUCGACAUGUCGACAUCCUGUCAGCAAUCGAGACAAGACUAUCCUUGUUAGGAAUGACGUACAUGAGAUAUAUGGACAUGGGUCUUUGUUGUUUUAUUCCUGGCAAGGUCCUGGAUGAACUCUUCCGGAUUCUAAAUACACUUAAGCACCCACAACAACCCCCAAGGGCCCAUGAAUUCCUCCAAGAACUCAGAGAUAUUUCCUCUAUGGCUAUGGAGCAUUUUGAAGAAAAGAUUGCUCCAUCACUAAAGACCAAAAUGCCAGCUGUCACUCUUCCUUAUCCCUUCACUGACUGUGCCAGUAGGGAACAGAGUCCAGGCCCAUCUUUGAAAGUUGUUGCAUUGAAUGAUGGUGGAACAUUAAGAGGACAUUCAAUGAAGCAAGAAAUUUCAAGAUUAUCAAACCAAGUGAGAGGACUUCAGGCCAACUUACAACAGCAGAAAAAAGAGCUUUCUGAGAAUAAGGCUCGUUAUGUAGAACAACGCAAGAAAACAUUGGAGUCUGAACGAAAGAUUCAUAUGCAGAGCAAAACGGUCACAGAACUGGGACAGAAAAUACAGAGUCAGCACACCCUAAUAUCGGAACAGAACCAGACGAUAAGCGACCUUAGUAAAAAAAUCUUAGAGUUUGAUCAGAAAUUCGCUGACGUUUACUCGGAACUGAGUCGAAUCAAAGGUGACAGUGACACCUGUCUGAGCUCGCAGUCUUCAACUUCUUCAAUUAUUGCAUGCUCGAGUAGUAGUCUCGAUGACUUGGGAUUGGAGAGUAGAGAAAAAAGGGACUCACUUAAAAGGAAAUCUAUACGAGGGGGGAGUGAGCAAUUCAAAAAACAGAGGAAAGUAUAAGUAUGCUGGCUUACAUUGAUUUAUAAUUUAACAGUGCUAUGAUUACUGAAACCUUUAAAUGCUAUGAAAAAUACUCUGUAGCCAGGGUUUUAGGUCAUUUUAGACACUCCAAUCUGUCAUGCAAUGUCCAUCAGAUGUAAGUUUUUGAAAAAUGUUUACCAACUUCUUGGAAAUGCAUGAAUACAUCUUUAUACCAGUUUAUAGUAUUUCUGAGAAAAGGGGGGAACAGAAGUAAAUUUAUAGAUCCCUGCCUCUGCCUCUCUGAGGCCUAAACUAUAUAGGGCAAAAUCUAUUAGAAAUAUUGUAUCCCCUGAAAAUUACUUAGUUGCAAGGGGAUAUAAAUAUUUUAUUCAACUGACAUCUAGCAUGCAAACUUUUCACAUGAUUAUGAUGAACCUUACUACACACCUUAAGCUUAGCUGAUGAUAUAUUCUGAAUUGAAAAUGUAGGACAUGUUUAAAAAAUGUGACUGACUGAAGCUCAAACAAGAAAAAUUGGAAGGUGAACCAGGACUAGGAUUCAGGCCAAAUGAUGGUAUGAAGUCCACAUUUAAUGUUUCAUUUUUUAUAAACAUUAUGAUAUCUGCAGAAAGGUACACAAAGUUUUGAAAACAGACCUAAAACCAAUUAAUGUUAAUGUACAUAAAGUAAUAUUAAUGCACUGAAAAAAUUGAGAGCAAUUUUUUUUUAAUAGAAGCCCAAUUUUA